CUAAUGCUUCCUUACUGCAGAGACGAAGUCUGGCUCCCAGUCAGCUCCAAAAACGGCCAAAUGAUGAGUCUCCUAAAAUACAACAGGGUAAAAAGAUCUCUCAAGAGAGCCCUGGUUGACAACUAUGGAGAUUUCAAACCAGGGAACCUGCGCGGCUUUGCCCCGUACGGACAGCGCCCCGUCAACGCCGUACUCAUCAUCAGCUACGAGACCUUCAGGCUGCACGCUCACGUCCUCAAUAAUUACGACCUCGGACUCAUUCUUUGUGAUGAGGGGCACCGGUUCAAGAAUAGUGACAACCUCACCUAUCAGGCGCUGAUGGCGCUAAAAACCGUCCGCCGAGUACUGCUGUCAGGCACGCCCAUACAGAAUGACCUACUCGAGUACUUCUCCUUGGUGCACUUUGUCAAUGCAGGUAUUUUAGGCACAGCGCAAGAGUUCAGGAAGAGAUUCGAGAACCCCAUCUUGCGGAGCCGCGAUGCUGACGCGUCUGACGCUGAACAUCAGCUGGGCAAGGAGCGUCUUGAGGAGCUCACCACCAUCGUCAACAGAUGUCUGAUCUGACGAACCAACGAGCUGCUGUCCAAGUAUCUGCCUGUAAAGUACGAGUUUGUCGUGUGUUGCCCUCUCACGCAGAUGCAGCAAUCGCUAUACAACGCAUUCGUGCAGUCCACUCACGUCAGGAGACAGUUACAAGAUAAUGCCGGUUAUGGACGGAACCUGAUCGGGGCGAACAGGCUGGUCAUGUUCGACCCUGACUGGAACCCUGCGAACGAUGAUCAGGCCAUGGCGAGGGUGUGGCGUGAUGGCCAGACCAAGACCUGCUACAUCUACAGGCUCGUGGCCACUGGGAGCAUUGAGGAGAAAAUCCUGCCGCGGCAUGCACACAAGAAGGCGCUGAGCUCCUGCGUAGUGGACUGCGAAGAGGACGUCCACCGACACUUCAGCGUCGCCCAACUGCGGGAGUUGUUCACGCUGCGCCCCGACACUGCCAGCGACACGCACGAUAAGUGAGACUAGUUCUUGUGGUGACACGCGCAAGUGAGACUAGUUCUUGUGGUGACACGCACAAGUGAGACUAGUUCUUGUGGUGACACGCACAAGUGAGACUAGUU